CUAGUAGAAUCUGAGUUCUAAGUACGUGAUAAGAUGGCGUCUUUUAUAUUUAAAUGGUUUGAAUAGUGAAAAUAUAAAAUAAAAGUGAUAGUUGUAGCUUAUUAGGGAUAUCUCAAUAGCAUAGAUUUAUAUUAUAUUAUAUAAAGUAAUAUAUAUAACGUUUGAAAGGGGUUCUUAUCAUAUUAGUGGAAAGGCAAUGUCCGAAGAGUCGGAGCGUCACGGUGAGUCGGCGAGUGAAGGCGUCUCUAGCGGCGUCACAAACGUGGCGCGCGUGUUGUUGACCUCGCACCAGAUCGACACCGCCACAGCGGAGUCACUUCGCGCCUCGUGGAGAAACCAGGACUUGUACAUUGACCAUCUCGAAACGUUGAACAAACAGCUGGAAGGAAGCUUGGAAAAGGCGAAAGAGGUAGAGGAAAGGAUCAAACAACAGUACGCUGAGUCACAGCACAGAGAGAAAAUACUUGUUAGGAGGCUAGCGGCCAAAGAACAGGAGAUACAAGAUUAUGUAAGUCAAAUAACCGAAUUAAAAUCAUCACACGCGAGUCUUAACGGACGGCCGUCUCUACUAGAUCCGGCUGUUAAUAUGGUAAUAUUGAGGUUGAAACAGGAAUUAACAUCGACAAAGGCGAGGCUAGAGGAAACACAGAACGAACUGUCAGCAUGGAAGUUCACGCCUGACUCGAAUACGGGAAAGAAAUUAAUGGCCAAGUGUAGAUUGCUACAUCAAGAGAACGAAGACUUAGGACGGAUGACAUCUAGCGGCAGGAUAGCGAAGCUAGAGGGAGAUCUGGCGUUACAGAAGAGUUUCAGCGAGGAGGUCAAGAAAUCACAAUCAGAGUUAGAUGAGUUCCUUCAGGAAUUGGAUGAAGACGUGGAAGGUAUGCAGAGUACCGUGUUAUUCCUGCAACAGGAACUCCGAGCGACGCAUUCCACAGUCAAUGGGAACAGACCCUCACCAGAGAAACGGAUCUAUUCUGGUAGCGAGUGCAGCGACACGCCUAUCAGCAAGCGGAGACGGGCGUCAGUACUCUCUCUCGACUACAACGAGGAGGAAGAACCACUAACUGUGACGAACGGACAAACAGACUAGCGACCAGUGUUACAUGAACUAGUGAUCCCUCGCCGGCUGUACUCUGUAGAGUUUCUAUAUAAGUGGCCAAUCUCUGAUGGGAUCCGACAUCGCUCGGAAUGCUUCAGUGUAUUCUAUAAAUGUACUUUAGAAGGAUAUGUUAUUAUAUGUGUCAUUUGACGAUAAAUUUGUUGGUGAUUGUGUCAGAUGUGGGAGAUGUAAUAAAACAUAAUGAACCUAUAGUUUUUGCGUUUUGAGCACACGAGUGGACCACGUGAUCAGAUCUAAUAGUGAAUCGUUUUGACAUUGUUUUAUACAUACGGGGGAAUAAACGAGACAAACACACUGUUGACAAUUUUAUAAUUUAUUUAUGUAAAGUGCAUUACUUGAAUGUGAUAUAUUAUUAUUAGGAAAAUCCGACGAUACAUAAUAUAUUAGCAAUAAUGAAUGUUGUGUUGCCGAAUUCAAUUGUUUUAUGGAAUUUGUUUUAAUAUUAUUAUUGCAUUAUUAUUAUUUUUUUUGUUCAUACAAUAAUGUCAACACCAAGCCUAAUAUUUUUAUUCAAUGCCGCGUUUUUAUUACAUUUGUGAUUUUCUACAUGAAAUGUUUCUAUAUUUAAAUUACAAAUAAUGUAUAUAAAUAGAGUUAUGUUAAUUAAACAUUACUGGCAUAAA